CAACAGCACAGCGCGAACGAAGCAGACUGAAAAGAAAAGCUACUCCUGGGGGUGUUUUCCUUGUUUAAGAAGACGAGAGGGAAGCUAGCACCAUUUAACUGUCCUGAGACAUCGGGAUGGAGCAGGAGGAGUCACGGCCCCCCAACAUCAAAUCAGAAGAGGAGGAGCCACAGCCCCCCCACCUCAAAGCGGAAGAGCAAGAGCAAGCGUGGACUCAUGAGGAAGCUGAUAUCGGCAAGUUCCCGGUGAUUUGUGUGAUUGUGAAGAGUGAAGACGACGACGAAGCUCAGUGGUCGCAGCUUGAUGGCAGUCAAAGUGAGAAGACAAGAAGAUCAGAAGCAGACUGCCUCCUAGCUCCCCUAUCGGAUAGUGACGACACGACGUCACGCUCUCCUGACACUGACGAUGAAGACUCUAAAGCAGAUAUGCUGUGUCACACGGGCAACAAACACUUUAAAUGCGUUCAGUGCGACAAAACUUUUGGUGAAAGGAGAAUUUUGAAGCGACACGCGACGGUCCACACGGGAGAAAAACCAUUCGUUUGCUCGGUUUGCAGCAAGUGCUUCAAAUUGAAGGAAUAUCUAACUGUCCACAUGAGGACUCAUACAGGAGAAAAACCGUUCAUCUGCUCUAUUUGUGGAGGCAGAUUCUCUCAAAAGGGUACUUUGAUGAAACACACCAGAACACACACUGGAGAAAAACCAUUUUCUUGUUCAAUCUGUGGCAAAACUUUCUCUGCAAAGGGACAUUUGACAGCACACACAAGGACACACACCGGAGAAAAACCAUAUUCCUGCUCGGUGUGCAACACAAGUUUUAGUGACAGUUCAGCCCUGGGGAGGCACACGAGAACACACACUGACGUCAGUGAAGAAGAUCUCCCCCCUGAGCAGCCGGGGUGGAUCUCCAGGGUGGAGCAGCAGGAGCCGCGGCCUCCCAACAUUAAAGAGGAAGAGCAGCCGUGGACUCGGCAGGAUGCUGACGUCAGCAGGUUUCCAGUGACCUGUGUGAUAGUGAAAAGCGAAGAAGACGACGCCGAGGCUCAGUGGUCACAGCGCGAUCACGGCCAAAGCGAGGCGAAGAGAAGAUCAGAAGCAGGCAGCCUCUUCGCGCCGGUCUCGGAUGGUGACAACGCAGCGUCACACCCUCCUGACGUCGAUGACGAAGACUGUCAAGCUGACGUGACACACACGCACUUUGGAUGCUCUCAAUGCGACAAAAUCUUUGACAGCAAAAGCCACUUACAAAAGCACGAGAAACGUCACACAGACAACAAACACUUGAAGUGCUCGCGGUGUGACAAAACCUUCGGCAGCAAGACCGACUUGCAAAGACACGUGAGGAUCCACACGGGGGAGAAACCCUUCAGCUGCGCGUUUUGCGACAGAAAGUUCUCCGUCAAGGGGAACUUGAUAGCGCACGCGAGGACGCACACGGGAGAAAAAACGUUUCCCUGCUCGUCGUGCGGCCAAAGCUUCGGCGUCCGCUCGGCGUUGCGGCGGCACGAGAGAACGCACACCGGCGAGAAACCUUUUUCCUGCUCAGUCUGUGGCGAAAGAUUCUCCCAGAAAGGCCACAUGAUGAGACACGCGAGGACGCACACUGGCGAGAAACCGUUCAGUUGCAGCCUGUGCGAGAAGAAGUUCUCCGAAAAGUACAACAUUAAGAAGCACAAGUGUGCCUGUUAAACGAGUAAUCGACCAC